AUAAUAUUGACACAGUUCAAAGAGCGGCCGGAGGGGGGUGGGUGGGGGUUGCCCUGAAAGGAGAAUCCGGAGAGGAGAACGUCCACCGGGAGGACUGGUUGCUCCGGGGAGAGACCAAAAAAGGCGAAGGUUCUUCAUGUUCCCACCAAGCCAGAAUGGUUAAAGAUUACCGAGAUGUCAACACCUUGGAUACAGAGGAUGAUGGUGAAGAGGACCUCAAAAGAGUCCCCACAGAAUUUGCUCCUCCAUGGGGACGGCGUGUCUAUUCCGGCCGGCGCUUGAUCUUCGUUAUGCUCGGACUUCUUUGCAUCCUCGCCAUCCUGACUGUCGUCUUUGGCUUCACCGGGAGCAGUUUUCGCACCGAUUUGUUGACCAUGGAGAAGAAUUUACAAAAUGUCAACCAGACCAUCUUUGGGGCACUAGCCACUCUGAAAGAAAAGGAGUCCAGUGAUGUGAAGAGGCUCGUGAAAGUCGACCAGAUAAUAAAAAACCUGACGGAGGAAGUGAAGGAAGCAAAGACCCAGUUCGAGGAACACAUCUCGAAGCUGCGGGCCAGCACCCAUCUCCUGAAUUGCCGCCUGGAAGACAUCAAGCACAACCGAACGGGGAGCACAACCCUCUGCUGCCCCAAGGGCUGGCUUUCCUUCCGCCAGAGCUGCUACUGGUUCUCCACCUCGGAGAAGACGUGGGACGAAGCCAAAGCCGACUGUGAAAAUAAAGAUUCCCGACUGGUGAUCAUCACCAGCUACCAAGAGCAGGCGUUCGUGGCCCAGCAUACAAAGCCACGCAACACGUGGAUCGGCUUGCGCUUCACCAACGAGCGCUGGACGUGGGUGGACGCGACCUUGUACACGAUCCGCAGAAUGUGAGUUCCCUCGUGGGUCUCUCGGGG